GCAGUAUGCAGACUACUAUAACACCUGCUUCACGGAUGUGUGUGAGAGGAUGGAAGAGCUGCGCAAACGGAGGGUUUCCCAAGACCUUGAUACAGAGAAACCUGAUGCCAGCCCCACAUCUCUACAGCUGCGAUCCCAGAUUGAGGAGUCACUUGGUCUCAGCAGCACCACGUCAACACCUGACACUGAAAGAAAGCUCUCCAUUCAUAAAUCAAGUUCAGAAGAAGGCUCUGUAGGGAAAGCAGACUGGAAAAAGAAAAAUAAGUUUUUUUGGCAGAAUUUCCGGAAGAACCAGAAAGGACUAAUGAGACAGACUUCAAAAGGAGAGGAUGUAGGGUACGUGGCCAGUGAGAUCACGAUGAGUGAUGAGGAACGGAUCCAGCUCAUGAUGAUGGUCAAAGAGAAGAUGAUCACCAUUGAGGAAGCACUUGCUAGGCUGAAAGAGUAUGAAGCCCAGCACAGGCAGUCGAGCACUGUAGAUGCUACAGAAUGGCCUGACGGUUCUUACUCAACAUUUGAUGGGUCUUCCAAUUGUAAUUCAAGAGAACAAUCCGAUGAUGAAACAGAAGAGUCGGUGAAGUUUAAGAGGUUGCACAAGCUGGUGAAUUCUACUCGCAGGGUCAGGAAGAAACUCAUAAGAGUGGAAGAAAUGAAAAAACCCAGCACAGAAGGUGUGGAGGAGCAUUCACUUGACAACUCUCCUAUUCUGGAUGACAGAUCGGCACUUUACUCUGGAGUUCACAAGAAGCAAUUCUACUUUGACAGCUCCUGCGAAAAGCAGCCAGAAGACGACUCGGACUCACUUACUACUUCCCCCUCAUCCAGCAGUCUUGAUACAUGGGGAGCUAACCGGAAGCUGGUGAAGACCUUCAGCAAAACUGAUAGCCGUGGCCUUAUCAAGCCUCCCAAGAAACUUGGGACAUUUUUCUCUUACCCAGAAGAGGAGAAGACCCAGAAAGUUUGCCGCUCCUUGACAGAUGGGGAAAUGAAGAAGAGCCUCGGCUCACUGAGCCAUGGGGUAAGUACAGAAAGCAUUUGCUUUUAUGACAGCAACAGGCACAAGCACCAUCUUCUGGUGUCCCUGGAGGAGAUUCAGAGUGUAAGGAAGCAGAUCCGAUUGAAGAAAAUGGAUACUAACUAUUCCUGUUCCAGAGCUUUUCUUUGCCAGCGCCCUGCUAGGAAAGGAGCAUCUCCCGCAACUUGCGACCUACAAUUACUGCGGCACAAAACGAAAGGGGGUGGAGGUUGUGGCUUCCCAAACAGAAGGCUACGAGGGCGCACUUCUGUCAGCGAGUUCAAUAUUACCUAUGUGGUGGAGAGAAGCCUGUACAGUCACCUCAACCUCUCACAGCUGGUGCGUCCCGUUACUGACAGGACCCUGAGCAAGGCCGACAAGCAGGACCUGAGGAGAUGCCUGCUGGAGGAGGAUGAGGAGGCCAAGAGGAAGUGGGCUGCCACAGUGGAUCGCUGUACUAAAAGGGUUCUCUUGAGAAUCCACCAAAAGUCUAGAACCUGUAGCUUUGGAGGAUUUGACUUGACAAAUCGUUCUCUUCAUCUUGGAAACAGUUCUGACCAAAUGGGCAAGGAAGGAGACUUUGUUUAUAAAGAAGUGAUCAAAUCACCCUCUGCCUCCCGUAUAUCACUGGGCAAAAAGGUGAAGUCUGUAAAAGAAACCAUGAAGAAAAGGAUGUCUAAAAAAUACAGCAGCUCUCUGUCUGAGCAGGAGUCCAGCCCUGGGGUCAUGCCGGGUUCUCCGCAGUCACCACCGCCAGACACUGACUCCCUGGACAAACCCAAGCUGAAAGCCGGUGGCUCAGUAGAGAGCCUGAGGAGUUCCUUAAGUGGUCAGAGCUCAAUGAGUGGUCAGACAGUGAGCACAACAGAUUCCUCAACCAGCAACAGGGAGAGUGUGAAAUCAGAAGAUGGUGAUGAUGAAGAGCCUCCUUACAGAGGACCUUUUUGUGGAAGAGCCAGGGUUCACACUGAUUUUACUCCAAGUCCAUAUGAUACAGAUUCUCUGAAGCUCAAGAAAGGUGACAUCAUUGAUAUAAUCAGCAAACCCCCCAUGGGCACUUGGAUGGGCCUGUUGAACAACAAAGUUGGCACUUUCAAAUUUAUCUAUGUGGACGUGUUAAAUGAAGAGGAAGAGAAGCCGAAGCGGCCCACCAGGCGACGUCGGAAAAGCAGACCGCCCCAGCCCAAAUCAGUUGAGGAUCUCUUGGAUCGCAUCAACUUAAAGGAACACAUGCCCACUUUUCUGUUCAAUGGUUAUGAAGAUCUGGAUACCUUUAAGCUUUUAGAAGAAGAAGAUUUGGAUGAACUGAACAUCCGAGAUCCUGAGCACAGAGCUGUUCUCCUCACAGCAGUGGAACUUCUACAGGAGUAUGAUAGUAACAGCGACCAGUCAGGAUCUCAGGAGAAACUUCUCAUUGAAGGCCAAGGCCUAACCGGAUGCUCUCCUCGGGAUUCUGGCUGCUAUGAAAGCAGUGAAAACCUGGAGAAUGGUAAAACUCGAAGGACCUGUCUUCUGCCUUCAAAAUCAGCAAAUGAGCAUAGCUUUAAGGACUUCAGCAGAAACCAGCUAUCAAAUUAUCCUACGCUUCCACUGACCAAGUCAAUAGAAACUCUACAGCAAGGGGAAAAAGAAGGCCGGUUGAGUUGUGCGCAUCGUGCUCUGAAGAGCUCUGUCAAACCUCCAGCUGUUACGAGUCUGAAGAAGAACCGUAGAAGUUUACCAGUUGCUGUCUGUCGGAGCUAUGAAACUUUGGAUGGCCCCCAGGGUGUAGAUACGUGGCCAAGAUCUCACUCGCUGGAUGAUCUCCAGGGAGAAUCCAAUACUAACCUACAGGACGCUAGCAAGGAAGUAGGUUCUUUUCCUCAGGAUUCACUGGAUAUAGCAAAAAUGGCAACUGGCUCUGCCCGGCUGCCUCAGUCUUAUGGAGGCAGCUGUAUGGUAGAUGACUUGAUGGCUAAGCAGGGUAAAGGAGCUGCUAGUUCUCAGAAGGGAAGAGCUAAGGAAUUGGAGUGCUCUGUAAUGGAGACUGCAGGUGGAAAGCCUGUUCCAUUCCCCCUGAAAAACUGUGAAGCUCAGCCUGCCUUAGUGACACAUCUUGCAACAAGGACGCCUCUGGAAAUACAGAGUAAAGGCUUUCAUGACCUUGCACGGGCUGAUUAUGCUCCAGUCCUCAAGGGAGGUCUAGAAGCUGAGCAAAAAGGCACAAAUGAGGCAAGAAUGCAACCAAAAAAUCCUUCUCAGCCGCCACCUGUCCCUGCCAAAAAAUGCCGAGAACGCCUUUCUAAUGGAUUAUAUCAUCCUCCCAUGACCGCAAGUGGGAACCACUCAAGUCUGGAAGCACCAUGUUUGCCAGUAAAAAAGACGAGCUCAUCCACUCCCCUUGAUUGUCACGGAGUACCUGUCCAUAGGCCAUCUUCUGAACAGGAGCCCAGUACCCCUCCUAGCCCACUGCCACCCUGGCUGUCGGAGCUCCCAGAGACUGCUAGUGUUCAGCAGCACGUGAUAAAGCUAGGUCCUGCUUCAGCAAGGAAAGUCUCUUGUAGCAGGGGAAUGGAUCUGGAAAUGGUAAUAGAAAACAAGUUGCAGUCUGAAGAUAUCGAUCUUACUGAAGAACCAUAUUCUGACAAGCACGGUCGCUGUGGCAUUCCUGAGGCUUUGGUACAGAGGUACUCUGAAGACUUAGACCAGCCUGAAAAGGAUGUUGCCACAAACAUGGACCAAAUCCGGGUAAAGCAGCUGAGGAAGCAGCACCGCAUGGCAAUUCCAAGUGGAGGGCUCACUGAAAUUUGUCGAAAACCUGUAUCCCCAGGACUUAUCACCUCUGUAUCUGACUGGCUGAUUUCCAUUGGUCUACCUAUGUAUUCCAGCCUGCUCUCAGAAGCAGGAUUCAACACACUGAGCAAAGUGCCUUCUCUGUCACAAACUUGCCUUCAAGAAGCUGGCAUCACAGAGGAGAGGCACAUAAGCAAGCUCCUGGCAGCGGCAAGACUCUUCAAACCUCUUGAUCCAGAGGCCAUUCAACAUGCUCCAUAGUGUGACAUUGCCUGGUCGAGAAUCCACUGCUUCUUCCUGCACCAAUAUUGCUCUAAUUACUUCAUAUAGCUAAAGGGAUCAAGGAAGCGGCUCCCAAGGGCAGGCAGAUACCUUCUUCAAAGGAUAUGAAAUGUUUCUAUUGCUGUCUUUGGCAACUGAAGGAGAAGAGAAGCAACCACCAGGUAACAUACAUGUGGUACUUCCCUCCCCCCUUGCUCCCCUGUAAAGUAUUCUUAUUUCAUAAAGUACACAGGGUUGGCCUGAGAAUCAGACAGCUUCACAGA